AUGUACACGGAUCUUCGAGAGCGAACAUACGUGAUGAUGAACGACGAAAUGGUUGUGGUACGCCGAAGAGGGCGAUAUUUUGAACUAUAUUGGCCAAGGGGCAAUCGUGUCGCACGUAUUCUCGAAGGUGGUCAAAUCGGUGGCAUAAACGGUUACAUGCAUUUGAUCGAUAAUGUACUCAUCUAUGAGCCGGAUCUGCGAGCUACAGCGUGUGCAAUUGUGCCGUUUGAUUAUUUACUCAUUGUAUGUUUGAUAUUAUUGUACUUCAACAAUAAUCACAAUGACAUGCUUCGAGCGUUACUUUAUCUUGUGUAUAUAAGUGGAUUAAUAUGA